UUAUAGUUUUCAAACCCGAAAUACGCUGUGUGUUUUUUUGUUUUGUUUCUUAAAUAUGUGUUUUAUGUUAACUGUAUGUAUAUAUUUGAACCGUACAUCUUACCGUCGCACUUCCACGACAGAUUGUGAUGCCUAAAAAUGAGAUUAAAACGGUGUGGUUUAGCGUAGACUGGUCAAUUUCUACCACCAAAUCGCCAUAUUUUAUUUUAAUGAAAGGAACUGCUUAAUAAAGAACAGCCAACAGUAAAAAAAUUAAUACUAUUAAUCCUAAUAAUAAUAAUAAUAAUAAUAAUAAUAAUAAUAAUCCAUAUCUGUGCCUACGGCGGGUAAGGCAGCAGGCCGGUGGGUGCGAUGGCUCCAGGGAAGCGAGUGAAGAAGGAUGGGCUGGAGCUGUCCUGUGAGUGGGGCCGCUGCCAGUUCAGCACGGCGCGCAUGGAGGAGUUCUGUGAACACGCGCGGGAGCACCUGGAGGGGAAGCUGCAGGUCAACAGUGAGGAGGAAGAGGAGCUUCUGGAGGAACACAGCUGCCUGUGGCUGGAGUGUGGCUUCUGCACGUUGGACAACCCAGUGGAGCUGGCCAGACACGUGUACUUCCACUGCUACCACACCAAGCUGAAGCAGUGGGGGCUGCGCACCCUGCAGGGCCAGCCCCAUCUGGGCUCCUGCACGCUGGACUACCAGAACCGCAACAUCAUCCCGGAAAUCCAGGACAACUUGGUGUGCCUGUGGGAGCACUGCGAGCAGGACUCGUUCGAGAACCCCGAGUGGUUUUACCGGCACGUGGACAUGCACGGCUUGUGUGCGGAAGCGAGGUGCAAGAACAGUGAAGACGCGGUCUUGCCCUGUGGGUGGAAGGAGUGCGAGGCGACUUUCAAGAGCCGCUUCAAGCUGAGGGAGCACCUGCGCAGUCACACACAGGAGAAGGUGGUGGCCUGUCACACCUGCGGGGGCAUGUUCGCUAACAACACCAAGUUCUUUGACCACAUCCGACGGCAGACCACCAUCGAGGGGCAGCGGUUCCAGUGCUCGCAUUGCUCCAAACGCUUUGCCACUGAAAGGCUGCUCCGGGACCACAUGAGGAACCAUGUGAGUCACUACAAGUGUCCACUGUGUGAUAUGACCUGUCCAUCCCCUUCCUCGCUGAGAAACCACAUCAAAUUCAGACACAGCAACGAGAAACCUUACCGCUGUGAAUACUGUGAAUACAGCUGUAAGAACCUGAUUGACUUGCGCAAGCACCUGGAUACCCACAGCACUGUGCCUGCGUACAGCUGCGAAUUCACAGACUGUGGCUUCACAGCCAGGUCUCUCUACUCCAUCAAGUCCCACUACAAGAAGGUGCAUGAGGGUGAUAUGACGCCACGUUACAAGUGCCACGUGUGUGAGAAGUGUUUCACAAGAGGGAACAACCUGACCACUCACCUGAGGAAGAAACACCAGUUCAAGUGGCCCUCUGGGCACCCUCGCUUCAGGUACAUGGAGCACGAAGACGGCUACAUGAGGCUGCAGCUGAUCCGCUACGAGAGCGUGGAGCUGACAGAGCAGCUGAUGAGGGAGCGGCAGGACAGACAGGCCGACACGGAGGGACAGUGCGAAGAGGGGGAGGGUCUGAGGGGCAUCGUCCUGGAGACCGCAGAGUUUGGGAGGUCCGAGGAGGGAGAGGGGGAGAAGGGAGCAGAGGCGGAGGAGCUCCAGGGGGAGGUGAACCCCAUCAUCCAUGUGCAGAGCAGGACCAACGAGAAGGGGGAGAGCGAGACGGUGUAUUACGUGCUGACCAGUGCCACGGCUGGGGGGGCCUGCCUCCCCACUGACCCCUCUGAGACUGGGGCAGCCAUGGAGGUGGAUGGGGGGGUGAUGAUGCAGCUGCAGAGCACAGCAGAGCAGCUGGGAGUGGAGAUCGUGUAGCGAAGAGAAAAGUGUGCCAUUUUAAUGAGUGGAGGGUUCGUUUUGAGCUGUACACACCAACUCAUUUCUUCUUUUUUUUGUGAACAAGUGAUCUACGUGAAAUAUAUUGAUGUUUUUAAAGCUAUCAAAAGCUUAAAGGGAAAAACUAACCCUUGAGUAAACCGCGAGAUGUGGAGUAACUACAAGAGGAAAAGCAUUUUAAAUUGCCAGCAUUUUCUGUUUAGGUGCAACAUCUAAUUUUCAUGUUGUUAAACAUUCGGAAUGACUAAUCUCUCCCAAGAUCUCAGAUAUAAUAUCAAUGUUCAAAAACAUCCCAAGAUUACAACAAUGUGCAUUUUUUUUCCCAUGGUUUUCCAGAAGUUCUACAUGCACUGAAAGGCGCGAAUCACAUUGAUUUAUUUAUUGAGAGAAUAUAACCUGGACAAGUCAGCCUUCAUUCCAGGUAGCGUAGACUGGGUCCUGCAAAAGGAUCCUUAUAGAAUGCAGUUGAACUGUGUUAUUGGCUUUAUAAAUUCCACUAUAAUUGCAGUUACCGAAAUGAGAUGUAUUUGUUUUGUAGAUGUUUAAUACAGAUGCACCUACAUUGUACCGUAUCUGCAGAUUAAUAUCAUAAAAACACAGAGACUGAGCAUCAAGAGUUUGUUGUGCAGAUUGGACCUUAUUCCUUUCUCCGUUCUGAGGGCAAACCUUUGACACCACUUAGUUUUAAAGCAGUCUGAACCGAGUGCACCUGGCCUAGCUGAUGAGGUGCUGUAUUGCUUCGUGGGAGGCAGUGAAGGGGUCCUGUCAGGAGUGCUAGCUGCUGUGUAGUUUAACUCGCAGUACAGACCCGUAACCUUCCCAGUAAAGCCUCCAAGCUCCCCAGUACAGACCCGCACCUGCUAGUAAACUCCUGAGAGAGUUGAGGGGACACCCCUUCGCCGUGUUCCUCUUUGGAAACCCCGGCUGCAUUUCGAAGAAGGAUCUUGAUGCUAUUAAUGUUUCCAGAGCUAGCCUCCCCUAGCACGGGUCAGACUGGCUGCUGAUUCAGGGGGAGGGCAGGGCAAGGUUACCUUGGCAGCCUGUUUUCCGAGGACUUCCUCCAUCGCUGUACACAGCUUUUUUUUUUUUUUUUGGUACGUGUGUGGUUUUUGUUGCAGUAUGUUUUUGGAAUAAUAAAUUAUUGCCCAGAUAAAUUCCAGUUCUCAUUUUGAUUCGUGUGUGUUGUGUGCUUUUCCACGUACAGAGUUGGGCGAUGGGUGAUCACUUCCAUACCCGUGUGGAGUGGACUUGGUUCUGGUUUCAGGUGUGAAAAGUAUCGUCCUAUCGACAGUGCUGCGUCUGUUCCUUGGAUUUGUGGCCCUUUCAAUCUGUCUGUCUAUUCCAGCUUUGUCAUUAAGUAUUGAACUGAUCCUGCUAGGAUUGGGUCUGGUUAACUAUUGUAUAGUUCCUGUGCAGUUGAGACCUGGUGUAUUGUAAGACCGUGCUUUCAUUGUGAGGGCUCGGCUCUAUGUUCCAGAGACCCUCAGGCUUCAGAGAUCACCUUGCUUCCUAAGGGCUACAGAAUGGGAUGGAAGUGAAGAUUAGUGUCCACACUCCAGUCCCAGGGCAGGCAGCCAGGCACUCCCAACCAGCCUGUCCUUGUUCUGUGAAAGAGCAUGUCUACCUGAAUAGUAACACAGAGCCCUGAUCUCACUGCUCCUGCAUGGCAGGGGGAAGAUGUCAAAAUCUGUGUGUUCCUACUAAAUCUGCUACCAAAUCGAAGAAUGCCUUUUUCCAACAGCUGAAACUCAUAAGCUUCUGAAUUUGAUAUAAUGAUGAUUCAUUUCUGUACUUGCACAAAUAAUUGCAGUGUCUGUUACUUUGAGACAAAGUGGUUAUUUUAAUUAAUAAACUAAGUUAAUAUAAAUGCGAAAA